UCAAGUAAAAAAGUUGAAUAGGUGACGAAACAGGUAAAACAAAAUUGUGUCGGUGCGGUUUGGAAAUGAGAAAGAUUCUUUCUUAUAAUUUUAUACUGUCGCUUCAAGAAACAGUUUCUGAAAUGGCUGAAGUGUAAACGUCAUAUCGUAUUAUUUUAGAUUUUUCAUGAAAAUUUGUAAAUGUCAAGCGAAAGAGUACAUUUUGCCGACUUUGAAAAAUGAAUCAUAUGAACGAAGCACAUGCUAUGUAUUAUAAUGUUGACCAUUCUUCGAUGUUUGGUUCAAAUUUAUCAACUGUAUAUGCUGAUGGUCCGCCACCACUAGAGGAUAUAAAUGAUGAACAGGAAGAAUCUGACUUUAAAGAGUUUUCAUCAGGCAAGACUUCUAUACGAGAUGAAGUUUUGGAUGGUCCUAAAAGUAAUUUGCAAUUUGACUUUAAAAAAAAUCAUGUGGAAAAAAGAUAUAAUUCAUUAGAUAGUGUUAGCCUUAAAAAUAAUGACAAAGAAAGCAGGUUUGAGAGAAACAAAAGUAUUGAUAGUGAAAAUGAACUGAGUCCGAUAUCUCAAACCAAAAAAGAUUUGAAGCAAAAUGAACAUGGGCAGUUUGCUGAUUUUUCAAAUUUUCAAGAAGAAAGUGAAAGUGAUUUGACAAAUAAUUCUGUAUUUGCUGUUGGCAAAUGGGAAAGUGAUGAUGAGUUUGGAACAUUUUCAAGUCAUGAUGAAAAUUUUGAAAAAACUUAUGACAAUCACAAUUCAAUUAAUAGAAAUUCUCAAAAAUCCACAAAAAAACAAUUAAAUGAAAAUGCAAUUGUGGAUACUGAUAGUGAUUUUAAUUCAAUUGACAAUUAUUGUGUUAACAACAGCUCAAGUGAAAAAAUGUCAACCUUUCAUGAUGGAAAUUACAAUCAGAUGAAACAAAAUGAUUUGAAAGUCAAUAUGGACGAUGCAUCUUAUGUUAUGGAUUCUGAAAAGUCUUUGCAAGAUGAUUUUGAUUCAUUUAAGGAUAGUGAGUCAAGCACAACAUUACCUAAUGAUCAUGUAAACAGUUCAGAUGGUUCAUUGGUUGAUAAAGUCAAUUUUACAUCAAAUCCAUCACCAAAAAUGUUUACCAGUAGCUCUUCAGCAGAUGUCUGGAAUGAACAAGACAAUUUCACUGAUUUUGGUGCAUUUACUACAAGUAAAACUGACGUGAACAAUGAAUUCACCGACUAUUCCAGUGGCGAUCACAAAUGGUCAAAUUUUCAGGCAGAUUUUUCAAAUUUUGGUGAUGAAAAUGUGUCCAAUGAAAAGACAGCUUCCAAAGAUGGUUUUAAACUUGAAAAUUCCCUAAGCUCAUCAAAUUCGCAAUCACCUUCCAUUGGAACAUCAGUGGUGGCAGGAUUGUCAUUACACACGUGUUUUCCUGAUAUUUUUUUCACAUCUUCCGUAAAUGUAAAGCAAGACAUCAAUUUUGCUCAAAGUACAAAGCAAAUGUAUGUUUGGAAAAAUCUGGAAUAUAGCAUGUAUGAAGGCGUUUUGAGAUUCUUCUGGAAAGAAUGUGAUACUUUUCAUAAAAUAUGUCAAGUUUUGGCCAUUUCUCAAAAUAAUGUAACGGUCAAUAGUCAAAAUCCUGUUGCUUUAGUUGAAAACAAUGAUAUUCCUAUGUUUGCAACUGGUUUAGGAAUUCUUCAACCAAGCAUUCUUCCAUUGCCUCCAAAGAAAUCCAAAGUAAUAUCCCAGAAUGGCAACAAAACACUCAAUACUCAUGCUGUGCUAAAAACAUCAGAAACAAAAACUGAAAAUGUAUAUAAUGGUUUGGAUACUCUUUCAAAUGCUGACACCGCAUAUCUUAAUCUGGAAUUUUUUGAAUCCCUCUCUAUGGAUAAUCCUGUUUCAAAAAUGGAAGUUGUGAACCCAAUUAGUAAAUAUUCUGGCAGCCACAUUGACUUGAAUGAUUUUAAAAAGAUGAGCUCUAACCAAGAGGAUCCUAUUAAUGUCUAUACAAAACUGGAUACCAGUAAAAUAUCUACAUUUUCAAUGAACUACAAUCAGAGCUGUUUGAGUGAACUUGCGAAGGAAACCAUUGACAAAUUUGAGGAUCUUUCUUUCAUGCAUUCUUCUGUAUUGAUGUUCCCUCUUAGCAAAAAUAGCUAAGAAUGAGAUGAUCUUUUGAUUUGUCAGAUAACAGUUAAAAUAUUUACAGUAAUAUGCAGUAAUUGAAUUUAGUUUGAAAAAUGAAGUAUUGAUUUUAGCUGCUUCUAUAAUGGAGAAAUGUGUAUGGAGGAACAAUAAUUAUUUUAUACGUUGUUUACCAACAUAAUUUUGACACAUUUGAGAAGAAGAAUUAAUGAAUAACAUAGAAAACCUAUAAAAUGGCAAUGAAAUGUCUACUAUUUACAUUAUAAUGGUUUUUGUCUUA